CGCCCUUCCCGGCUUCCUCCGCGGCGUUCCCACGCCGACGCUCCUGAGGGUUGCGGGGCACUAGGUGGCUUCGCUCUUCGCGUCAGCAAGUCAUCGAGGCCAUGGCAGCCCAGAAGAUAAACGAGGGGUUGGAGCAUCUGGCGAAGGCAGAGAAGUACCUGAAAACUGGGUUUUUAAAAUGGAAGCCAGACUACGACAGUGCUGCUUCUGAAUAUGGAAAAGCAGCUGUUGCUUUUAAAAAUGCCAAACAAUUUGAACAAGCAAAAGAUGCCUGCCUACGGGAAGCUGUUGCCCAUGAAAAUAACAGGGCUCUUUUUCAUGCUGCCAAAGCUUACGAGCAAGCUGGCAUGAUGUUGAAGGAGAUGCAGAAACUGCCUGAGGCCGUCCAGCUGAUUGAGAAAGCCAGCAUGAUGUACCUGGAGAAUGGCACCCCUGAUACAGCGGCCAUGGCCUUGGAGCGAGCUGGAAAGCUCAUAGAAAAUGUAGAUCCAGAGAAGGCUGUGCAGUUGUAUCAGCAGACAGCCAAUGUGUUCGAAAAUGAGGAGCGCCUCCGGCAGGCAGUGGAACUUCUGGGAAAGGCCUCCCGACUGCUGGUGCGAGGGCGAAGGUUUGAUGAGGCUGCACUGUCUAUUCAGAAAGAAAAAAAUAUUUAUAAGGAAAUUGAGAAUUAUCCAACAUGUUAUAAGAAAACAAUUGCUCAGGUCUUGGUUCAUCUACACAGAAAUGAUUAUGUAGCUGCAGAGAGGUGUGUCAGAGAGAGCUACAGCAUCCCAGGGUUUAAUGGCAGUGAAGACUGUGCUGCGCUGGAACAGCUCCUGGAGGGGUAUGACCAGCAAGACCAAGAUCAGGUGUCAGAUGUCUGCAACUCACCCCUUUUCAAGUACAUGGACAAUGACUACGCUAAGCUGGGCCUAAGCCUAGUGGUCCCAGGAGGGGGAAUCAAGAAGAAAUCACCAGCAACACCCCAGGCCAAGCCUGAUGGAGCUGCCAGCACAGCUGCGGAGGAGGAGGAAGACGAGUAUUCGGGAGGCCUGUGCUAGUACCCUGCCUGCAGAGAUGAGAAGCUGGGAAUCCUGGCGAGCCUGUUGAUGGGGUUAAGACUCAUCUGUGGACAUCUGUCACGGAGAUUGUGACGCUGAGUGUUAAUACAUGUGAACUUUAGCUUGCCUUUCCCCAACUCAGCCAUUGUGUCUGCUACCUGUGAAGCUCUGUACUUUCCGUUCUAAGAGCAGAAAUGAGCGGUCAUAUUUUAAUAAUUGAUUUUAAAAUGUAUAGAUAAAUUUCAGAUAAAUUAUAUUAUAAGCAAGGCAGGAAAUAAGCAUAAAUACUCUUUUCUCAUGGGUUCUUGUAAUUUAUUGUUAAAUAAUUGUCACUGCAUUUUAUUUAACGUUACUUCUAAACGUGAUUUUUCUUUUUUUCUUUUUUUUUUUUUUUUUUUUUUGGUAAAAAUAAUUAUUUCAAAACUGGUCUGGUUCUUCCCACCAUCUUUCCGUGUUGUCACAUGGUAUUCAUGCAUGUUCUGACUAAGGUUCUCAAGAGCAUCGUCAGUGCCCAAAAGAGAGGCAGACAGCAGGUCCUCAGCGGGCGGCACUCCAGUGUCACCCUCCAGUCUGACUGUGGUGAUGGUGCGUGCUGACACCUGACACCCUUACACGGGUGGGGUGAGGAGAGCGUUGAUGGUCACAGAACUGGGAACGUUGUUGUCGCCCUGCAGGCUAAACAAGUGUGGAGUAUCAGCCCCAGGUUAGAUGUGCUACUUAAAGACCGAGAUAUGGCACAGUUAUCUUCCCGUCCUGUCAGUGUGGCUGCAUUGUACCAGUAGCCUCAGCUGGCAUUGUGGACCAUGAAGAAGCAUGGCAGAAACAUGGAGAGGAAGACCUGGGGUUCUCUUUUUAGGGGUAUAAAAUGUAAGAAUGAAAGCAAUGUUCCUGUGGACGGAGGACUUGUCUCAUUCUGAAAAGAAAAUUUAUCCAUCACCAUAUUAGAUACAUUUAAAUUAUUGAGUAUUUUCAGAGACAGGUUUAGGACAAAAGCCUUAUAGUAUUUAGCUUAAUACAUGACCACAAAAUGUGGAAGGCAGAGUGUUGGUGUUUUUUUUAAACAACAAUAAAAAGGCUGGCUGUGUUCCAAAAUGGGACUAAUUAAGACCAUUUGCAUGAGUCCAGAAUGACAGGUAAUGUUCCUGUCAGUCUAGUAUGCGUGCAUUUCUGACCUCCAAAGCAGUUCUGAUUCAGAGUUCAUAAUUUAGCAUGAGUUGUUCUGUAUACUACAAAAAGUAAAAAGCCAGUGUGUGUGUGUGUGUGUGUGUGUGUGUGUGUGUGUGUGUGUGUGUGUGGAGGGGGCGACUGCAUUUGAAGGACAUACAUUUAGGACUGGGUUACCAGUCUUUUCGUACCUCAGAAGGCCUUCCAUGCUUAUUUCCUAAAAGUUAGUUUUGAAGCAUUCCUCUUUUUCUAAACCUGUAUGGCUUCGACCCUCUCAGAACUGGUGUGGACUGCAGAGGAUGCAAACAGCAGCAGAGUGUGCCCCAGGCGGCAGUGUCGACUGGACUCGUCCCUGUCGUCAUGCUCCACUGCCUGCUCCACCGCCGUCUCGUUGUGACACACCGUAUUUGCAUAUAGUAUGCUUGGUUUUGCUGGCUUUCCAGAAUCUAGGAAAGUAUCUUUAUGUUACUGGUCCUAGCGGGAGAUCUCAGACUAGCAUCCUCUGCCAGGCGUGCUUCAGUAGGUGGAUGUCACGUAGAGUCCCUGCACAGGUUACAGGUCUGAUGCAAAACACUAAUAAAAGUUUUAUAUUUUCCCCUAAGUUACCCGGAGAGUUGUUUGGGUUGCCAGCUCAUUGUGUUUAAUUGCGUUGAAAUUAUGACUAAAGCUGUAUUUGGCAUUUUUCUUUAAAGAGGAAAUUGGUAUUUCAAAGAUGGUGUCAAUGUUGUGUUUACCUUUAGAUCCAACCAUCAUGCUUAUUUGAACAAAUUAAUACUCUAUAAAAGUAGAUUUGGCAGUACUUAAAAGUUACUUUAGGCAAUUGUGUGGCCCCUGCUAUUCAAUAAAACCUUGCAGGGAGUCAGUUUUACUCAUAGACAUCUUAAAAAAGGAACCAUGAAUGCAUUGUGGAGCAGCAUUGCAGCUCAGUUUUAAAGCAGCGGAGGGUUUAGACAGUUGUACACCUCUCGCCGUCCAGAGCCAGCGCUCAGGAUCUGGAGCUUGUUUUUGUGUCGGUUAUUCUGGGUGGUGUCUUGGGGAUUUUGCUCCAUGUGUACACGUUUUCUUUUUUUUUUUUCUUUUUACAGAGGUCUAUGUAUCUAGCAUUUUAUUUUUCUACCUGCAUUAAGUCUGCACUCCAGAGAGUUUUAGUCAGACUUGGGAAACUUAGUGUUUACAACAAGAACUGUUUUCCGGAACUCUUAACACCCUCUAUGAAAGUGAAAAUCUGCAUGAAUAUGCUAGAACCAUUUAGUGUUUAGUUAUUGUAAGUGAAGUCAGUCUACAGAACACAUUUAAUAUAUUGAAUUUGUAAAUAUGCAGAAUAUGGUAUUUGUGUAUGGAAUCUGUGCAUUAUCAUAUAUUUUCAGAUUUUUGGUGAGUAAAAUAUUAAUAUGUUAAUGGAAAUUAGAUGUUUACUUCUGAAGGAAGAUAAUUAUGAAAAUAAAACCCAAGACUAUGAA